AAAAAGCCAGCCUGCAGCCUGCAGCCUGCAGCCUGCAGCCUGAGAGAGCUGUACCUCACUGCUGCUCGCAUCUAUCAGCAGGCAGGAAGAUUUCUUCUCUUCUCCAAGGUCCAGCUACAAACCUGCGCGCGGCGCCACCAUGCGGCAGAAGGCGGUAUCACUCUUCUUGUGCUACCUGCUACUCUACACCUGCAGCGGCGUGGAGGCAGGCAAAAGGGAAGACUCGGAAGACAGCGGCUCCGGAUUCUGGGGCCAGCUGGCCUACAUGGCUGUCGGAGGAGGGGUCCUGGCCAUGGGGCUGCCCGCUCUGGGCUUCACUGGCGCCGGCAUCGCUGCCAAUUCGCUGGCAGCCUCGCUGAUGAGCUGGUCGGCCUUGUUGAAUGGGGGCGGCGUACCCGCCGGAGGGGUGGUGGCCACGCUGCAGAGCUUGGGGGCUACUGGUGGUAAUACCCUCAUGGCCAAGAUUGGUGCCUUUCUAGGCUAUACUGUCCACAAGCACCUAAAAAACGAGAAGUCAAAGGAAGAGGAUGAGUAGUCAGCAGCUCCCAGGACACUGUGCCCCCACUUCUUCCAGCUGAAGUCUACAGCUUUCUCUGUGACACUCGCCAGUGACCUAGGUGAAAAGAGAAUAAAGUUAUCUCA